AUGUUUGGCUUGAGAUUGCAUUGUACAGCUCAUGGCCUCAAUUUAACCGUACAGAACUCCUUGGCAUUAUGGCCAAAAAAGAAAUCAGUACAACAGCAGAAAUCCGCGAUGGUUACUAUAUCUUCGUCAGACCUUAGCGUUAGCGAUCAAUCAGACGGUGGUUCAAGCGAAGCUGAUUCGAUCAUUGUGAAUCCUGACUCAGCACAAGAAAUGGGUUUAGAAGAGGAAGGAGGUGUGGCAGACGGUAGCGAUGAUGAAGAACAAGAGGCAAAAACGAAUGGUUCAUGUACAUUUCGGCGAGGUAAAUCCAUAUAUGGUGUGACACGUAAGACUUGUGUCAACAGUUUUAUUGUACCUCGGACUGAGCAUCCAAGAUAUUGGCUACCGUUCUUGAGUUUAGAUGCUUAAAACAAUUGAACAGAUUUGCCUGUUUGUCCCAUUAAAAGUCGCUAGUAUUUUUGCGUAAUAAGUGAAUAGUUGAGAGUUACUUACAAGUGUUCGCCAAUCAUUAGUGUAUCUGGUAAAUCUCGUGUACUUGUUCGACUUUCCGACGAAAUGUCGAGAAUACAAAAUGGCGGAU